AUGGCCACCUCCCUCCCCAGCUACCCCCCUCUCGAGGAGCGGCCGCUCAAGACGACGAUUUGCCUCUUCGAUGUCGACGGCACCCUCACUCCCGCUCGACUUGGCGCUUCCCCAGAGAUUCUCGACCUUCUCGCCCGACUCCGCCAGAAGUGCGCCAUUGGCUUCGUCGGCGGCUCCGACUACUCUAAGCAGCAGGAGCAGCUGGGCAACGCCAGCACGCCCGUCACUACCCUCUUCGACUUCUGCUUCUCCGAGAACGGCCUGACAGCCUUCAAGCUCGGCCAGCCCCUCGCUUCCAACAGCUUCAUCAAGUACAUCGGCGAGGACCAGUACAAGGAGCUCGUCCGCUUCGCCCUGCACCACAUCGCCGACCUCGACAUCCCCAUCAAGCGCGGCACCUUCAUCGAGUUCCGCAACGGCAUGGUCAACAUCUCCCCCAUCGGCCGCAACGCCUCCAACGCCGAACGCCUGGCCUUUGAGGAGUACGACAAGGUCCACAACGUCCGCCGCGACUUCGUCGCCAAGCUGCGUGAGCGCUUCGGCCACCUCGGCCUGACCUUCUCCAUCGGCGGCCAGAUCUCCUUCGACGUCUUCCCCACCGGCUGGGACAAGACGUACUGCCUCGGCCACCUUGAGAACGAGGCCAAGAAGGAGGGCGGCAUCAAGUACGAGCACAUUCACUUCUUUGGCGACAAGACGGCCGAGGGUGGCAACGACUACGAAAUCUACGUCGACGAGCGCACCAUCGGCCACUCCGUCAGCGGUCCCGAGGACACUAUGCGCAUCAUCAAGGAAACCUUCGACUUGUGA